AUGGGCAGUGUCGGGACCCCUCAGGGCUCGGUGAUCUCCCCAUUCCUGUUCAACAUAGUCAUGACCGAGGUGGCCAGGCGUCUGGAGGCGCUGGGCCCGGGGAUCCGACACUGCCUCUACGCCGACGACGUAACCAUCUGGGCCACGGGUGGGAGCGACGGGGAUAUCGAGGCGGGCCUGCAGGCAGCGGUAGAAGCCGUGGAGUCCGCGCUCUCGGGCACGGGCCUGCGGUGUUCACCGCAAAAGUCACAGCUGCUCAUCCUGCCGCCACCAGGAAGACACAAGAAAAAGGCGAGUAAGGAAGCGGUCGAGAACAUCGUCGUGCGCACGAGCGACGGUGUGCCGAUCCCGCAUGCUCCGGGGUUAUGGAUCCUGGGGAUGUUCGUGGAUGGCACCCAGACCAACGCCACGGCGGUCAAGAACAUCACAACCAAGAUGGGCAUUGCAGCACGCCUGAUCAAACGAGUCUCGUCCCGAUACCGGGGCAUGAACGAGAGGGGGCUCCUGCGCCUGCUGCAGGCUUUCGUCGUAAGCCAUGCGGCAUAUGCGGGGGCCUGCCACCGCUGGACGUGUGCGGAGCGAGCCAAGAUCGACGCCGCCAUCCGGAAAGCCUAUACGGGGGCCUUGGGACUCCUGCCGGGCACGAAGACCACGGCCUUGCUGUCUCUGGGAGCACACAACACGCUCUCGGAGAUUAGCGAGGCCCAAAGAGCAUCGCAGCUGAGCCGCCUAAGCAGCACGGCAGCGGGCAGAAGACUACUAGACCGGGCGGGAUUACUACCUCCAGGCGAACGUGUGGGUACAGGACCGUACGGCGAACUGGAAGAGCAAGCCCUCCUAAGCGACGAAGCGGCGAGGAAGAUUAUCGUCUACCCGCUGCCCAAGAACACCGACCCAGAGAGAGACGAGGGCAGGCGAGCGGCACGAGCGGUGGCGCUGGCCCGUCAGCAUCAACAAGACGAGGGUGCAGUCUACGUGGACGCCGCAAGGUAUCCGAGGAGACGCAACGCCUUUGUAGCGACGGUGGUCCGAGCUACUACCGGAGAACUGCUAACAGCCAGUACCGUGCGCGCCCGAACAGCCGGCCAGGCGGAGGAGGUGGCGAUUGCUUUGGCCAUGGGCCUACCGGGUACGCGCACGGUGCUAAGCGACUCGAAGUCGGCGAUCAAGAACUUCGCCCGAGGCACGAUCUGGCAGGGGACGGAGCGGCUAAUGAGGUCCAUCGAGGCCACGUGGGCCGCCCGAGGUGCCGCUGCGGGACCGACCAUUGCUCUCAAGUGGUUCCCGGCCCACAUGGGUCGGCAACUAGCACCCGACAUCGAAAACCGCAACGAAGAGGCGGACGCCGCGGCCCAGGACUUCGAGCCCCUCACCGACUACGGUGGGAUCCUGGCGGCUUACAGAGAAGUCAGGAGAGCCUUCCCGCACCGAGAACUCUCGCGCGCGGAGGCAGUAAAGUUCCGACAGUUGCAGACCGAGUGCGUGCUGACACCGGCUCUGGCCCGGCACGUGUGCCCUGACAUGUUCGUGGACGCAAAGUGCAGUGUGUGCGAGCGUGAACUAGCUACUCUCCGCCACAUCAUGUGGGGAGGGUGUAACAGUGCUAUGCACAGUGGGAACGGGCAGUGCCAGGACGCCACGUAUCCCGAAGAGGUGAGAGCGUGGAUACGCUCCGAAGACCUGAAGACGCAACGAAGGGCCAUCCAGCGGCUUGAGGAGGCUUUGGCGAAGCAACGGAGAAAAGGAGCCGACGACCCGUCCAACGGGCGCGGAGGCAUCCGAGUAACUGUCGCCUAG